CGUUUCCUCGGCCGCCAGAGGAGUUCUCGUCUUCUUCCUAUCGUGGCCUCCUUCGAUCUUUCCUCGUCUUCCACGGUCGCCUACGAUCAAGUCCUAUAACUCUGCGAGAAUUAGGUUAUCCUACACUUUCGACCCGAGCCUCGGCAAAAGCUUGCGGGGACAGCAACCCUACACUUCCGUUCUUCUCCGUGAGCCGGCCAUCUUCACCACCGUGAUUGCCUUCUCCGGACGCGAUCAUCAACGGAUCCUCCGAACCGAUUCAUUUCCUGCGAGGGCCUGUCCUCCCUCGUGCAGCCGUGAGCCCUCCGCAACCUGUAUCCUCUGCAGUCCACUGUGUGAGAUUUCUCCUAUCUGCGUCUCGGACAUCAGAAAGAAGCGCUCUAGCCCGUUCGUCACCAGGAGCCGAAGCCUCGUCGUCCUUGGACCCGAUCCUGCACGAGGGAACAUAGCAUCCUGCGGUUAGCGAGGUUUGGAAUUACUCGGGCAACGACAGCAUCUUCAAAGCGAGGGUUUACGGCGGGAGAGUCGCACUUCAUCUAUGGCGAUCGAAUGCCUCGUUUUAGGGGCAGGGCAAGAGGUAGGGAAGAGCUGCGUUGUUGUGUCAAUUGGUGGGAAGCGGAUUAUGUUCGACUGUGGCAUGCAUAUGGGAUACCUGGACCACCGUCGCUUCCCUGAUUUCUCUCUCAUCUCUGAGACUGGUGAUUUCAAUUCUGCUCUCACCUGUGUCGUCAUAACACACUUCCAUCUAGAUCAUGUUGGUGCUCUUCCUUACUUUACAGAAGUUUGUGGGUAUCGUGGACCCAUAUACAUGACGUAUCCAACUAAGGCCUUGGCCCCAUUGAUGUUAGAAGAUUACAGAAAAGUUAUUGUAGAUCGAAGAGGAGAGGAAGAGUUGUUUACAUAUGAUCAUAUUAUGGAGUGUAUGAAGAAAGGUAUGCCUAACUUUCUGAAAUGUGACCUUGAUGUCCAUAAGAUCUUUAAACACAUAUUUUGUAUGCCUAUCUUUGGUUCAGUGGUAUGCAUGCUGCUGAGGACUAAUAUAGUAGUUGUGUUAGGCCUUGUACCAAAAUUGUUUUUUGUGUGUUUCUUCAACUAAUGACUACUAGUGAUUAACAAUCUCUCAGUUUUUUCCCCGUCUUUCGUUCACAAUUGCUACCGUCAAAUAAUGUAAGAUUAAUUGCAUAGCUGCAGUCAACCUUGUUUUUAUAACUUAGUUUUCAAAUACUGCUUCUCAUCUUGCUUGUUUGAUUUAAUGGGUUUAGCUCCAGAUUGUUGGUUAUACAUGCAGUGUAUUUGAUUGAUUAAAACAAUUGAAGUUUCUUCUUUGUGUUACUGCCACCAUCCUUUUCCUCUUUCCUUCUUGGUCCCAUCCCCCUUCUCUGUUGACUAUGAUCUCUCCUCUUUCGAUGCACUUAUACAACAUGUUCUCCACUCUCCUCUAGCAUCAUGAUCAACCCCCCACCCUCUCCCCAAUGUCAUACUCCAGUAUUACCCUCCCACUCCUUUUCAUUUGUAGUAGCUCUCCUUGUCUACUUUGUAGCCAUACUAUAACCUCUCUUCCUUUCUGUACUGCAGAAAUCUCUUCUUUCCUUUCUUAUUUCUAGGUUUUAGGGUAUGUAAUCUCU